AUGGCCUAUGAUCGCUACAUUGCCAUCUGCAAGCCCCUGCACUAUGGGAGCCUCCUGGGCAGCAGAGCUUGUGCCCAGAUGGCAGCAGCUGCCUGGGGCAGUGGAUUUCUCCAUGCUGUGCUGCACACUGCCAUUACAUUUUCCCUGUCCCUCUGCCAAGGCAAUGCUUUGGACCAGUUCUUCUGUGAAAUCCCCCAGAUCCUCAAGCUCUCCUGCUCAGAUGCCUACCUCAGGGAAGUUGGGGCACUUAUGUUUAGUGUUUCUUUUUUAUUUGGUUGUUUUGUUUUCAUUCUUUUCUCCUAUGUGCAGAUCUUCAGGGCUGUGCUGAGGAUGCCCUCUGAGCAGGGACGACACAAAGCCUUUUCCACUUGUCUCCCUCACCUGGCUGUGGUCUCCCUCUUUGUCAGCACUGCCAUGUUUGCCUACCUCAAGUCCCCCUCCACCUCCUCCCCAUCCUUGGACCUGGUCUUGUCUCUUCUGUACUCAGUGGUGCCUCCAGUGUUUCUUCUUCUGCUCUUCCUUGCUGCAGAGUACUCUCUUCUCACUGUUAUGUCCUACGACCGCUAUGUUGCCAUCUGCAAGCCCCUUCACUAUGGGAGCCUCCUGGACAACAGAGCUUUUGCCCAGAUGGCAGCAGCUGCCACAGCCAUGUUUGCCUACCUGAAGCCCCCCUCCAUCUCUUCUCCAUCCCUAAACCUGGUGGUUGCAGUUCUGUACUCGGUGGUGCCCCCGACACUGAACCCCUUCAUCUACAGCAUGAAGAACCACGAGCUCAAGG